AUGGCUACCUCUCACGAGUCAAAUGUCAAUCGCAUAGCGGCCAAUGUGCGGCGCUUUUUCACACGCGGAGAGCCGUUUCGGGUUUUCCAUGGCUCGACGAAUUCCACUCGGCCAGCUCACGGUGCCAAAGUUGUUGACAUCAGCACCCUCAACAACAUCCUCGAGAUUAGCGAGACCUCAAAAACGGCCGUGGUUGAGCCAAACGUUCCUAUGGACAAACUCGUCCAAGCCACGCUGGCUCGUGGCAUGGUACCGCCCGUCGUGAUGGAGUCCCCCGGAAUCACAUUGGGUGGCGGUUUUUCUGGCAGUGCGGGUGACAGCAGUCCAUUCCGAUAUGGUUUUUUCGAUCAGACUGUCCAAGCCGUUGAGUUGGUGUUGGGUAGCGGAGAUGUCGUGCGGGCUUCAGCCAUCAAACAUCCGGACCUUUUCAGGGGUGCUGCUGGUACUGCCGGGACCCUAGGUAUCGUCACCAAGCUUGAGCUCAGUCUGAUCCCGGCUCGGCGUUUUACGUCCUCAAACCUUCAGCGGCGCAUGGGACCCGUGGUUCUAUCUUCACGCCAAGAAAAAAGCCGACUUCCAGCCCGGGCCAGCCGAUCACCGAGUCGACGACGACGCCCCACGGACUACAUCCCACUCGCUGAAUAUCUCUUCCGUUACGACCGCAGCGGCUAUUGGGUCGGCGCCCAAGCUUUUGCCCACUUUCCUCUGAUCCCUUUCAACCGCUUCACACGUUGGUUCCUCAACGACUUCAUGCACACGCGGAUGUUGUAUCGAGCCCUGCAGGGGAGCAAUAUGUCGUUUGGCCAGAUGCUCUGCCCCCUAAAAGCCAUCGAGAGACCCAGCUUCCAUCCGUCGUACUGUAGUCUCAGUAGGGACGGUCCGCCCGAGCCGAUGCUCAAUAUCGGGCUAUGGGGGGCCGCGUCAGAGGAUGUGGGGACGUUCAUCCAUCAGAAUAGGGAGCUGGAGAGUCGAGGAGGAAUUCUGGGGGCUGUACGACCGGCCUUGGUACCACCGUCUGCGGCGGAAGUCUCGCUGCCCAACUUGUACGACAAAGUCCAUGUGGAUGUCGGGAAAGUGAUGGGUGAACAGGGAAAGAAAAAGCGGGCAGGGGCGUUGGCUGGCUUCUGGUCCAUUGCAGGCUUCAUGGGCAUCAGAGCUGCUAUCAGGAGUAAGGAUUAA